UUAAACAUUUAGUAUUACAUAGUUUGUGUAUGAAUAUUAAUAAUUAUUAUUAGUUAUAAAUACGCGUAAUCUUAACAUGGAGAUUGCAAAGAUCAGAACUGAAAUUACAUAUAAUGAAUUAGUGCAGAAACGAAUAACCCACUUAGGUUGGACGCUAUCAUAGAAACCAGUCGGUGAUUUGAGAUAAGAAAACCGCUGACUAACCUUUGGAAGUUUGGGCAACUAUGCUCUAUGUCGGUUCAUUGAUUGCCAUAUUGGCGAUUUCUAACUCUGGUUGCAUUUGUUUCCUUCUGAACACUAACGACGAGUAUCAGGUAUGGCUUACCACUGGUGACAUGACGAAGAAACUGAACAGAGAACCAUCCUGCAUGGUAACCAACAACCACCAUGGUUACAGCGUCUGGGUGGACCGUAAUAAACGCCGUCAGACUAUAGAUGGGUUCGGCGCGGCCUUGUCUAAUUCGGCGGCGUACGUGUUGUUCCACAGUCCAAACCGACAUGUUAUCAUGCGAGAUCUGUUCGGCACAGACGAAAAUCAACUCGGAGUUAGUUACCUCCGUCUUGUGAUGGGUGCUUCUGACUUGAUGGCAGUAGAUGCGUACACCUACGAUGACCUCGCAAACAGCCGUGACACCGAUUUUAACAUGAGCCAUUUCACCAUUCAGAAGGACAAGGACUUUGUUAUCCCUGUUCUUAAGGAAGCAUUGGUAAUCAACCCAUCAUUGACAAUAUUGGCCUCGCCUUGGAGCAGUCCAGCUUGGAUGAAAAUGUCCCAUAAAUUGUUCGGUGGUGACUUCAAUAAUGGGCAACAGUACAUGAACGCGUAUGCAUUGUAUUUUGUCAAGUUUAUCGAGGCGUAUCAAACAGAGGGGAUACAUAUUGACGCCAUCACCAUUCAGAACGAGCCUUUGCUUUCCAGAGAUGAUUACCCCACGAUGAACAUGAAUCUGGAUGUAACGAAGGCCUUCAUUCGGGAUCAUAUCGGGCCGAUGUUUCGAAAGAGGAACAUCAAUACAAAGAUCCUCGUUUGGGACUUCAACUGGUCAGGAGCCUGGUUUCCGGAGGCCCUUGUCAACGAUGGUGCCGUUAAGCAGUACAUUGGGGGCGUGGCUUGGCACGGUUAUGAUGGACGCCACGACGCACCAGAUGCCUUCCACACAAAACACCCGGAUGUCGACAACUAUUUUACUGAGUUUUCCGGUGGUGGAUGGGACGGUGGCAAUUUUUCAGCAUUGCUAACGUCAUUUACAAGACUGAUAUUCAUUGGUCAAACAAAAUCGUGGUCGAAGAAUGUUCUCCUCUGGAACCUCGCGCUAGAUGAGCACAAUGGACCACACUACCAUGUUGGUGGGUGCGGAAAUUGUCGCGGCGUUAUCACAGUGCCGUCUGGCGGCGGAUAUUCAAAGAACGUGGAGUACUAUGCUAUGGGUCACAUGAGCAGAUUCGUCAAGCCGGGAGCCGUUCGACUGGAGACUAACAAUUUUGGCUGGGAUGAAUUGCAGGCGGUCGCAUUCGUUAACCUUGACGGCACCACGGUGAUUGUGGUACAAAACCCCAACACGAGCAGGCCCGCCAGCUUCUCCCUCGACAUCGACGCAAAGCACUACCAGUACAAUAACCUCCCUCCGCAGUCUGUAGUCACGUUUGUGAAAUAAGAAAUGCAACCGUACGCGUUGUCCUGGCCGUUUACUCCAUGCACAUAUUGCUUUGUUCUUGAAAUAACAUGUACACUCUUUGUCGACACCAUUACCAACACAUGGCAUAAUAAGUUUUGUUAAAGCAAAAGUUUAAUUUAUAAUCAUUCAUUGAAAGCUCAUCAUCCAGACGUAUUUAAAUUAUGUAAAUGAAAGUAUUGGUCUAAAAUAGUGUAUAACCUUUUUAUAUUGACCAUUUACAAUAUAACUGUAAACUAUUUUGGUUUGUUUGACAAUUAUAGUUUCUUUACCGUGUGGCAUUAUGAAUUCUAAACUCAUUCAAGAUUAUCUUGACUUCAACAGUUGUUUGUUUAGCAUAUUUAAAAUACAAGAAAACAAUGUACCCCUGAAAAUUUGCACAUUUGUGAGUUAAAAAAAUGUGUGGGUGUUAAGAUAGAAUUAUUUUAUAUGUUGUACAUCGACAUUGUUAACGAGAUAUGAAAAGCAAAUAAAUGUAUGUUACCAAA